AUGUCUGUCGAAGUCCUCAAGACCAUCUCCCCCACGACGAACGAGCCUGUCAUCACCCGCAACGGCGUGUCCCAGACCGACUUAGAUGAGCUCCCUACCACCGCCACCAAGGCAUUCGAGUCUUGGAGCAAGACUUCCCUGGCAGACCGCCAGUCCAUCGUUAAGAAGGCUCUGAAGCUCCUCCUCGAGAAAAAGGAUGAGUUGGCUGAGGAGCUCACCGUCCAGAUGGGCCGCCCCAUCGCCUACACCGGCGGCGAGGUCGCCACCGCGGUAAAGCGCGGUGAGUACCUCCUUAAGAUCAGCGAAGAGGUGCUCAAGGACACCGGUGGCGAACCGGAGAAGGGCUUCAAGCGCUUCAUUCGCAAGGUUCCCGUUGGCCCGGUUCUCGUCCUCUUCGCGUGGAAUUACCCUUACCUCAUCUUGGUGAACUCCCUCAUCCCUGCCCUGCUGGCGGGAAACACCGUCAUCCUGAAGCCGUCGCCGCAGACGCCCACGAUCGUGGAGCGCGUGGCUGAGGUGUUUGAGGAGGCCGGCCUCCCCACUGGCGUGCUGCAGUACUUCCACUGCGGCUCACCCAUCAUGAUCGAGUCCAUCGUCCGCAACCCCAAGGUGAAGCUUGUCGCCUUCACCGGCUCGGUGGCUGGCGGCCUCGCCGUGCAGCAGGCUGCAUCAGAUCGCAUCGUCAACGUGGGGCUCGAGCUUGGCGGCAAAGAUCCCGCUUACAUCCGCGACGAUGUCGACAUUAAAUGGGCCGCGGAGGAGAUUGUCGACGGCGCCGUCUUCAACUCUGGGCAGAGCUGCUGCUCCGUCGAGCGGGUGUACGUCGCCGACAAGAUCCACGAUGCCUUUGUUACGGCCGUCCAGAAGGUCCUCGAGGGGUACAAGUUGGGCGAUCCCUUUGACAAGGGCACACAUGUCGGCCCCGUGAUCUCCAAGCGUUCCAAGGAGAUGAUCGAAUCGCACAUCAAGGACGCCAUCGCCAAGGGCGCCACCGACGCAACCCCCGCCAACGAGACGUUCGACAACCCGCCGCCCAAGGGCAACUUUGUCAAGCCCACGCUCCUGACGGGCGUGAAUCACUCGAUGACGGUCAUGACUGAGGAGACUUUUGGGCCGGUGAUUCCCGUUCAGCGGGUCAAGAGUGAUGAAGAAGCUGUGCAGCUCAUGAAUGACAGCGAGUUUGGCCUAACGGCCAGCAUCUGGACCAAGGACACGGAGAGGGGCUACGAGCUCGCGGACCAGGUGGAAGCGGGUACUGUCUUCGUGAACCGCUGCGAUUACCCCAGCCCGGACCUGGCAUGGACGGGAUGGAAGAACUCGGGCAAGGGACAGACUCUAAGCCGCUUUGGUUACGAUCAGUUCGUCAAGCUCAAGAGCUACCACCUCAAGGACUACCCCAAAUGA